UUGGAGUGUGGUUGAAAUAAUAAGGUAUGAAGCUGAGCUCGAACUCUCGAAAGCUCGCGUGAAAUUAUUCCGCCGAGAGCUGCAUCUCGUGCAUUACCGCCCAUGUUGGUUUUUAUUUUCAGAGUUCUCUGGCAGCUAGAAUAUGCGAGGCUUUGAGCGUCCAAGCUCCUGCUGAGAUGUGCGGAGGUGUGACAUCUCCACACAUCACUGGGAUGUGCGGAGGUGUGACAUCUCCACACGUCACUGGGAUGUGCGGAGGUGUGACAUAUCCACACGUCACUGGGAUGUGCGGAGGUGUGACAUCUCCAGACAUCACUGGGAUGUGCGGAGGUGUGACAUCUCCAGACAUCACUGGGAUGUGCGGAGGUGUGACAUCUCCAGACAUCACUGGGAUGUGCGGAGGUGUGACAUCUCCACACGUCACUGGGAUGUGCGGAGGUGUGACAUCUCCAGACAUCACUGGGAUGUGCGGAGGUGUGACAUCUCCAGACAUCACUGGGAUGUGCGGAGGUGUGACAUCUCCAGACAUCACUGGGAUGUGCGGAGGUGUGACAUCUCCACCCAUCACUGGGAUGUGCGGAGGUGUGACAUCUCCUCACAUCACUGGGAUGUGCGGAGGUGUGACAUCUCCUCACAUCACUGGGAUGUGCGGAGGUGUGACAUCUCCACCCAUCACUGGGAUGUGCGGAGGUGUGACAUCUCCACCCAUCACUGGGAUGUGCGGAGGUGUGACAUCUCCACACGUCACUGGGAUGUGCGGAGGUGUGACAUAUCCACACAUCACUGGGAUGUGCGGAGGUGUGACAUCUUCACGCAUCAGUCAACUGAGUUUCCGUUCACAUCAUUUUGACGCUUUACACAGAUUCACAGCCCAUCAGCUGAGUUCUGGUUCACAUAUAGUAGCCUCAUCACGCCGCUUCGCACGCAAUUUACCACAUGGACAGCGAAAGUAGAACAGUUUCCUUGCGAGAAGUCAACAUUUUCACUUGGCUUCAGACAUUAAACAUUUGCUUAGCAAAAAUUGCUCAUAGUAACCGGUCUUACAUAAACGUUUUACUAAUAAAAACAUGGCAACAAGUCAUACUAAAUAGUGAAAAUCCUAGUAAUAUUAUCAGCAAUAGGUUUAUCAGUGUUAUUCAUAACGUAAUAUGAACUUCAGUGUAGUCAGUGUAUCCCGUAUGGCUCAAAUGCUUCAGUAUGAUAGACCCUUUGAUUAUGGAUGAUGGAGUUGGCGUUCUUACGCUCUCUUGAUCAACAAACAGCCAUUGACAACCACACGGAGACAAAGGAGCAAACACGCGUCAACGUUCACUGAAAGGUCUUCGGCGUAACACAUAAACAAAGUCUUUACCACAUAAGAUGCAACGAACAUCUUAGUAGGGAUACCCCAGACAUCUUCCCCCCUCCCCCCCCCCUUCCCAAAAAUACCUUAAGGACAUUAACUAUUACUAGCAGCUACGUUAGUGGAAAUGGCAGUUAUAACGCUGACGGUUGUUGGGUAGUUAGCUGGAUAGAGUUGACGAGGAGGCAUUGUUGGCUAGUUAUCAGAGACGAGUUACAUUGGGGGAAGUUAGAAUAAUAAUGUGAAGAUUUGUUUAACAUCUGAUGAUGACACGGCUGAAGUUUUAGUGAAUAGUAAUUGUAUAUAAUGGGCGUUAUAAUAGACAGAUUAAUGGUAAUUAUAGAGCAGUCAGCGUAGAAUUGUGUGGGAGAUCGUUGCAUAGUCACCUCAGGUGAAGACUUGGUAAGCAGGAAAAUCUUAUAAUAAGACGAUCACCACUGGACAUGAAAGAUGGAGAAACAGAUUGCAUCGCUUGUAGAAGUUGUCGUAUAGUGGGAGUAAGUCUCUUGGUAUAGGUCAAUAUAUAUAUGUCAUCAGGCACAACAAGGCUUGAAGGUCCGUAUACCAAACGAACAUUACUACCGGCAAGCAUAGUGUGACGAUAGUUCGCCCGGCGUACUAUACAUAGAGUGGGCACUGGCUCCGUCAGUCCGUCUCUGCGUUUCCUGCUGUGCUUAGCGACGCUGAAGAAAAUAAGAGCCCCAGGCGGGAACUUCUCCGACCCUGUAUGAUCUUAGCCUCGGGCUCGCAGCUCCGGCCAGAUCGGCGGAUGUCUUGAAGAGGUUAUAUCGAUCCCGGCGGUCUUGGAUUAACAGCGUGGUUCAUAUUAUGUAGUGCAUAGUUAGUGGCUGUGUUCUUGAGUGUGCACAGCUGUUCCGACAUAGUGCUGUGCACAGCUCCUCAUACUCUGGUGUACUUAGCACAUGUUGAAGUGCCUCUUGCCGCUUAGCGAACGUGCAAGUUGAUGAGCAACAAUGUGUUAGAUUUCUUAAAUAUUGAAAUGCCUUGCAAACAGAAAACAAUAAGAUUACAGAAGACUAUUGACACCCAAAUUAGAGAAACACAAAAUAACUUAAAUCUAGUUUCCUUCGAACUACGUCAGACCUGAGUGGCUUAGAUCGUUCCGUGAUCGUGUAACAUAGCGAGAAUAAGGGUAAUUAGGCCCCUUCGACUGUAUAAGUUGACCAUUCAGAUAUACACCUGUUGGUCGAGUGGUUAAGGUGCCUUGUACACUAUAAGGGUAAUUAGACCCCCUUCGACUGUAUAAGUUGACCAUUCAGAUAUACACCUGUUGGUCGAGUGGUUAAGGUGCCUUGUACACCAGUUGCAUAGUGCUCCUGGCAGUAUGGGUUCGAGUCACUUCUGGGGGUGUGAGUAUUCAGUUGCAUGUAUGCCUGGUGACCAUUCAGGCUUGUUCAGACUUGUAUAUAUAUAUGUAUGCCUGAAGGCGGUGUUCUUUGUGUACGCUCUUCCUAGCGGUUCACUGUGAAAGCCAGAGACAUAACGUCGAGGAGUCUGUAAACACUAAUCUACUUUGAGGAAAUCAUCUCAGUGUUCAUGAUCAAGCAUGGAACUGGUGUGUGUAUGUAUUUGUAAUUUGCUUAGUAAUUGAUAAUUUAUUGUUGUGGGAAGUACCUUUUGUUACUUUAGGGGGAGUGAUGUAUUGACUAGGUUUCGGAUUGGUAAGUUAGUUGAUAAGCUCAUGAUGGUCAUGACUAGCCUUAGAGCCAUAAAGCUCUAGAGCUACAGAUCUCUAGAGUUCUAGAACUCUAGAUCCAUAGAUCCCCUACCACCCCAGAUGACCCGGAAACUGAACCAUUUACGCGCUCAAUCCUGUUUACAUAUAUAAUAACCUACGGAUUCUAUUAUGCAAGUUUUUCAUAUAAAAUUUAAAUAACAUUUAGUUGAAACACCAGAUCUUUGAAAAUAUCACCACACAAAAUAGCACAACCAAUAUAUUCACUCUAAGUAGAGAGAAUAAAUUGUUUUCACGUUCGAAAUUUAUUCUGGCCGGCAGCAAGGCACAAUACUCUUAAAUCUUAAGGUAGACAACAGAGAUCUAACCUCUCAUUACCAACCUGAGUUUGUCACGUGCUGUGCAGCGGCCUGGCUGAGCUCUUCUAAAUAUUACUUACUCUAAAGGAAUAAGCGAAAAACAGAACACCAUGGUGCCAUGGGAUGUCAAAAUCGAGCACAAUGGUUUUCUGUGUGCUGCGUUUUUUUCCACAGAAUUCGACUUAAAUCUUCUCCCAUAGAAUCAGGAACUGGGACAUGAGCUUGCACACUACAUCACCGAAUGCCCAGUUAUCAGACCAUUCAGACUCGUUGGCAUGAGGUACCUGGAGCUUUGCAAUUGCUUUAUUCACUCUCGUGUUCUUGAAGAU